AUGUCCGCUCCAACGGGCCAAUUCCACAGGCUGUCCAUUGGUCGAAAUAUGCCAGAUACGGCCUUGCCUACUAGAACGGCCCGCACGGGGCGGUCGGACUCUUCCAGCGACGAAAGUGAUCAUGGAGAGGCCGAUAGCUCUUCGGAGAGCUCUAGCGAUGGAGAAGAAGGGGACGAGGGUGAGGGCGAAGAAAGCAGCGGUGACGAACCGUCCGAAUCGAACAGCGCCUCCGUCCUCGCAACAUCCGGCAUCACCUAUGAUCUCAGUCAACUAGAUUCCGAGGCUGAAGCCAGGGCCUUUGUGGGCUUGACCGGCCAUUUCGAUGUUGUCAACUGUCGCUCUACCCCCGCCGGGUAUGACUUCCAGCUGUCGGAUCGGCCACAGGUGCACAUCGGCGCGGACUCGUCUACCUGCACUUGCGCGGCCUUCCAGGAUCGACCGGACGGCGCGUGCCAGCACAUCUUUUGGCUCGUCGAUCAACUGCACGGCUGCUUCCUCCCCACGCCUCGGUCUACGGAGGUGGCACUGACUCCAGAUGGACGUCCGGACCGUCUCCCUCGCAUUGAGGACCUUUUGCAGGGGAAUCUGAUGUCGGUUGCAACGCAGCUCAAAUGGCCGUACCAACGGGACGAGGAGGACGGCAUGACGCGGACAGAAAAGGUCCGGGACAUUUUCUCUGCGUUCAGCAACCGGACUCUCCCAGAAGACACUCGCCGGGACUUGACAGAGACAACCGAGCAAGCACGAACCGCAGAGCAGUGCGUGGUGCAAGGGGAUUUCGAAGCGACCAUGUUCCGACUCGCAGUGCACGAUGACGGGGUUUUCAACAGCCUAUGCAAGGCGAUGCCCGCCGGCGCGUGUGCGGCCAUCUACUUCGACAAAAUACAAGAGCAGUCACGCCGACUACUGAGCGACUUCGACCGAUACUGUGCAACCGGUGAGUUGCCGGCGAACCCCGUGGUCCCAGGUCUGGGUGUAGAGGUCAACGACGUUGUAACCCAUCUCCAGCGUUCUGUGUCCCGCAUUGCAGCCAACAUCACCGCACGCGCCCCUCACGGCUCUGAAAGCGCGGCCGAAGCCCUGGUGUCUCUUCUAGAGUCAGUCGUGGCUCGCAAUAAUGAUCCCCUCGAAGGCAAUCCCCAGGGUCGCCGGUCUUUCCACGGCGAGGACGAGGACCAGCGCAAUCUGUAUCACUUGCUCAUCGGGUCGGUCGAAACAGACUCCGAAACAGACGCGCGGCACUUUGUCCUUCACGCGCUUGAUGCCCUGCCGCCGGUGGACCUCCACCAGUGCGCCAACCGCCUGCGCGAUAUCCUCCGCAAGAUCGAAGUCAACCGUGCUCCGAAGCCAUAUCUUCUCCAUCUAGGCUCGUUGAUCCGUACCGGCGAAUCAGCCGCCACCACUGCGAUGGGAUCUGGACAAAAGCGACCGGCGGCUGGGAAUGGGAAUUCUGGGGGUUCAAAACGAACCCGCUGA